CCCCCCCUCUCUCUCCUCCACAUGUGGACACCGUGAAAACACGGAGGCUGAGACUCGGCGGCUGCCAACGUCGUCCGGGGCCUUGAAUGUAACGUGUGGCCGGGGGACGUGGAGGAAGCUCGGAGCCUCCCUUCACGACAGCCAUUGUUUACAAAGACGUCACCCUCCGGCGGAUCGGCCCCCCCACCACCACCACCCCCCGACAGCCGAGUGCAGCGUCGGGUAACGACGCCGCCGUGUCGGUCCCCGCGGUGCGAGACGCGCUUCGUCGCCACAUUGUCUCGGAGUUUCCACGUUGUGCGGCCAUCGGCGGUUGGCGCCACCUCCUCCUCCUUCUCCUUGUUCCUCGUUCCUCUUCGUCCCCCUCCUUCCAUCCACCGGGCCACCCAUCCGCCAUGUCGCAGGGUCAGAACUUCCUCCCCAAAUUCCUGUUUGUCUCCAACCUGCUGAAGGCGGUGAAGAUCCGUCAGCGAGUGCCCAACGACGUGGUGAAGCCGGCGGCCAGCGGCGGCCUGAUGCACCACCUGCGGGGCAUGCACAGGUACACUCUGGAGAUGAUCGCCAUGAACCACUUCCCGCAGGCCUUCAGGGAGGUGGUGCAGGCUGCCAUCCUGGACCGAGCCAUGCAGGCCUCUCUGGAGCAGGAGAAGAAGCUCAACUGGUGUCGGGAGGUGAAGAAGAUGGUGCCCUUACGCACCAAUGGAGAUGGGAACUGUUUGCUCCACGCGGCCUCUCAGUACAUGCUGGGCGUUCAGGACACAGACCUUGUUCUUCGGAAAGCCCUCCAUGGCGUUUUGAAGGAGACGGACACUGGUGGCUUUAGAGCUCGCUUCCAGGCAGAGCUGCUCCAGUCCCAGGAGUUCACCCAGACCGGACUCCGAUACACCACCAUGAACUGGGAGGACGAGUGGGAAAAGAUUGUGAAGAUGGCGUCUCCCAUCUCCAGUAGCAACGGCCUCCAGUUUGACUCUCUGGAGGACAUUCACAUCUUCGUCCUCUCGAACAUUCUCCGCAGACCCAUCAUCGUCAUUGCAGACCAGGUGGUCAGAAGUAUGAAAUCUGGCUCCUCCAUCUCUCCUCUGAAUGUGGGUGGGAUUUAUCUGCCGCUGCACUGGCCACCCACAGAGUGCUACAAAUACCCAAUAGUGCUUGGCUAUGACUCCCAGCACUUUGCACCCCUCAUCACCAUCAAAGACAGUGGUCCAGAGAUCCGUGCUGUGCCACUGAUCAACCCAGGACGGGGGGACUUCGAGGAGCUGAAGGUUCACUUCCUGAUGGAGAAAGAGCAGCAGCAGAAAGAGAGGCUUCUCAAAGACUACCUGUUCCUGAUAGAGAUCCCUGUCAUAGGCUUGGGCUACGAUGUUUUACGGAUCAUCAACGCUGCAAGGCUGGACGAGGGCAAUCUUCCUGAAGACAUGAACCUGAUGGAGGACUACCUGCAGCUCGUCAACCACGAGUACCAGCGCUGGCAGGAGGACAAGGAGCAGGCAUGGGCUGCCCAGCCACAGCGCCCACCACCCUUUUCCGUCUCCCAGCUCUCCCUCAUCGAAAUCCGCUGUGCCACACCACGAUGCACCUUCUACGUCUCUGUUGACACGCAGCCUCAUUGCCACGAAUGCUUUGAGAAGCGACAGGUCACCACCGGUGGAGGAGCGAGGAUAGAAGGGGUGAUACAGGCCAAGGGAGGAGGGGUACAAGGUGGGGUUGGUGUGAUGGUGGGAUCAGAGACCGAGGUGAACUCUAGAGGAGCUCGAAGCAGCAGCCCUCCGUCCUCCUCGUCUGGAAGAGGGGUGGUGAUCUCUAGCCCCCGCUCAGCACCACCUACCGCCCCCAGCCUCAGCCUGUACAGUGAAACUCAUGCCAUGAAGUGCAAGACACCCGGCUGCCUCUUCACUCUUAGCGUAGAGCAUGAUGGACUUUGUGAGCGCUGCUUCAACUCCAGGCAGAGCCAAGGAGCCCCUGGAGCUGGAACUGCUGCCACAGGACUCCCAGGCCCCAAUGGGGGGCCUACAGUUCCCCACCCAGCCCAGGGCUCCGGCUGGACCCAGUGGGGGGGCUCUGAGACAGAGACAGAGCGCUGCAGCAUGUGUAGACAGGAGGCGUUCAGGAUAUUCAAUGGCCUGUGUCCACCCUGCAUGCAGAGACAGCAGGCUCCAGAGAGGGGAGAGCCUCAGCAGAGCAACCCCAGAACUGAGGCCUCGUCUUCAGCUUGGAGCCAGGCCAGGGACGCUGAGCGGCCGUGCCUCACCAUAACACCAGGACACACCUCAGCCUGGCAGGCCCCUCUCGCACGGCCUUGUAAAAGAUCUGGUUGCCAGUUCUUUGGGACGCCAGAGAAGUUGGGUUUCUGCACUAUUUGCUACGUAGACUAUCAGACCAACCACCACAUGACACCUCCCGCUGCCCCGGCCCAGAGCCGGCAUGGUUUGGAGGCAGGCUUCCAGAAUGCCACCAGGUGUCGUGGGCCUGGGUGUGGUGCGGUUGGCAAGACAAUGCUGGAGGGCUACUGCGACAAGUGCUACGUCAAAGAGCAAAGCACACGGCUCAACCAAGUGGCACAUCGCACACCACACUCGCCUCCUUUAGUCAUGCGUGACCGAGCAGUUAAACCCAGAUCUUCGCAGCAAUCCCAGACCCAGACUCAGUGCCGGCGGAGUGGCUGCAGUAACGUGUCCCCGGGUUGCACAGACCUUUGCCCAGAGUGCCACACACGAGGCCAGGGCAGAGAGGUGGGCAGGCGGGCGCAGGCGCCCAAGGAAAAGUCCAAGCAGCGGUGUCGGACGCAGGGCUGCGACCACUACGCCAACCAAGAGAAACAGGGCUACUGCAACGAGUGCGACCACUUCAAACAGAUCUACCGCGGCUGACCACAUUCCCAUGCACGCAACAACGAUGAUGACACACAUUGCUAGCACGCUAGAGCCGCUGCCCUGCUCUGGGCGCCCCAUGCCAGUCAAUGCACCUCUGAUACUAACUAACCAACUAACUAACUAGCUAGUGACUAACUAGUAACCUUAUGGCCUGAAAAUCAAACCCCCCAUGUAGAAUGUGAAGAGAGAAUGUGUGUACGUGGGGGGGUGUGAGUGUGUGUGUGUGUGUGAGUGUGAGUGUGUGUGUGCGUGUGCGUGUGCGUGCGCGUGCGCGUGCGUGUGCGUGUGUGCGUGUGCGUGUGUGUGUGUUCGCAGUAGACAUGGCCUCCAGAAUACCUCUUUGUGCAAUUAUUAUCAUCUGAUGUGCCCUGCGCACCGACACGGUGAGAGGUUUGGCUACAUGUCAAAGCAACUGACUCAAUUCUUGUGUACAAUAUGUAUUUAGAGGUCGUGCCGGACAAAAUGAUUGUAUGUCGACAUAACAAGAAGCAUCUGACAUUGCUUUCUAGACCACAGCCAAGGAUUUAUACCCCUAUGUCUGUCCGACUGUCUGUCCGACUGUCUGUCCGUCUUCACCCAUCUGCGUAUCUGUCUGCCUGUCUGUCUAGCAUGUGCUCUGUAGAGUGACGGAUGCAGUAGUUGGGUGAACCCCAGCAACAAAGCUGUGGAAGUAGUAAGCAGAAGUGAGCCAAACUGGGCAAAAGCAAAGUAAGUGACGUGCUAGACAUGAAACAACAUGUCACCACCGUUUAGCUUACUUCUCCAAAAUCAUCCAUUUAUGUCCUUCCACAGUAGUUUUGCCAAAAAAAAAGGCUCUUGCAAUCAAUAUUGUAAAAAUUUUCAAGAAUUAUUUUUCUUCCAUUAGUCAAUCAAUAGCAGUGUUGGUUUAUAUUUUGAGUUCAAUUGACCUCAGUAUUGUUACUUCUCUGUUAAAUGAAGUUAUCAUGGUGAGUUGUUUGAUAUGUAAAGUAAGAACAGAUCAUGUGUCCAAACAGUGCAAGACAGACAGGGCAGGUCCCUGCUAGUUCUGGUGCUACAUGUACAGAAAUACAAGCCUCUCUCAUUGUAGCCAACAUGCUGGCGGCGUCAGCGGACAGAAGGCAGAGAACACAGUGGAGACAGGACUCAUUCUCUUUCUAUUCCUGCUUCCCUUCCUUAUUUCCCCCUCUUCAUGUCCAAAACAGAUCUGUUGCCUUGGACAUUGUUUUCCUGUUUACGGACCACUCGAGCACCUAGAAUAGACACAUGCGCUCACAUACCCACACACGCAAAUGUUGUGGUUCCAGUCCUUUGUAAAUGGGGAUUGCCAACUGAGAACACAAUGACCAGUGCAGUCUGGAUGAUUAUUCACCUUACCAACACACACGCACACAAUUUGCACAUGCAAACACAGCUCUGAGAGAUUGUAUGCGCCCCACCCCUGCCAGAGGUGAUGUGUCGGUAAACAAACCCAGAAUGCAUCCCUCUCUGGCUCCGCUCCACUGGAUGGGCCAAGGCGACAAGUUUAAAACUUCAGAGAGCAAUCCCAUCGCCUGCUUUGGCUAAUCUUGUUUAUCUGAAUGUGUUUUGUGCUGCUGCUACAACAGCACAGUAUUGGGGCUGAUCCUCAACAAGUUUUGCCUUUAAGUAGUGAUUAAAAAAUAUAUGGACCAGAGGGGCCUGAUCAGUGAUCCUAGAUCAGUGCCCCCACCUAUUAAAUGCUUUUGUGAAUAUGGAUCUUGGUCCACAUUGUAGGACCCUCUAACCCGAUGCCUCAUCUCCAACACACACACACACAUAGUGCACGCAUUUGUGCGUCUGGAAUACGCAAAACUGACAUUCCUGUUUGUUUUUUUUGUUUUUAAUUUGUUUUUGGAAAUUUUUAAUUGUAUUUUGAUACAUUUGGUUUUGUUUCUGCCAAAAAAAAACAAAAAAAACAUGUGCCAUCAAUCACCAAACAGUUGUUGUUACCUCCUUAAAAAUGGCCAGCCUGGACCAUUCUGAACUAAUAAGAGUGCCACAGAUAGACAUCUCCAGUCCUGUGUAACCACAGAUUAGAGCUUAUCAAGCUUGCUUAUGCUGAAGUCCCCCAUCUUUCCGUGUCUAUUUUAUCUAAAUAUGAAGACAUAUUUACCUACAGAGAUAACCUUUCUAUAAAAAGUUAAUCAAAUGCAAUGUGACGUUGAAGAGUUAUUCCCCUCAUAUGUCUGCUGAAGAACUCAGCUGCAAUAGGCAGAUGUCCAUCUGUGGCUCUAGUUAGAUAAGCGUAGACAAACAGGCUCUCGGUCUGCCUUUUCAUUCAACUGUAUCUAAAGCUGUCAAGCCGGCCCACGUGUUGACAGCCUGUACGUAGAUCUCUGUGUGCUUUAAUCACCUCUAGACAAACCUUAAUCAAUUAAAGGCCAAUUAGUGGUCGGCUCAUCAGUACCCCUUAAUAAGGUUUCGGGGCUCUGGCCGAGCUCGACUGGGAGAUGAUCACGUAAGUUGCACAUGACUUGUCUAAGCUGCUGAGGCAUUUAGGAAUGGUACUCCGACUCGCUUAGGGACAUUCCAACAGUAGGAGGAGCAUCCACGUAAGAGCAGAAGGUGUAACAAAAACAUGCAAACGGUGUGGAAGUUUCUUUGUGUGACCUUUCAAUAGGGUAUUGUAUGAAAAAAAAGCCUGAUUUUAUUUGUUAAGUAUUUAUUCAUAUCAAGAUAUCUGUAUUGUGUGAUUCAAUAAUUAUUUAUAUGUCGUCCUGAAAUGAAUUAUUUUUAUUAAGAAAUCUGAAA